ACAAAAAAUAAUUAAAUAAAAACACAAUGUUUUAGUUGAGCGUAAGCUGCAGUAAGAGGGCUGAAAAUAUUCGUGGCCGAGAAAAGAAUGGCGGACGAAACAUCGUCGGAGGUGGAAGCAUCAUCGGCCGGAAGGGAUGGGGAGGAAGGGGAUCCUUCAGCGACGGUGCUGGAUCUCACGAGCUGCCAGAUGCACGACCUCGACUCGGUCGAGUUACCCCCUAACCUGACCGAGUUGGACCUCACAGCGAAUCGUUUGUCGUCGUUGGACCCUCGCAUUGGGAACCUCUCUCAUCUCAAGAAGCUCUCUUUUCGUCAGAAUCUCAUCACAGACGACGCCGUUUUGCCCCUUUCUUCCUGGAACGCUCUCUCCGAUCUCCAGGAGCUUGUGCUGCGGGAUAAUCAAUUGAGGAAGAUUCCUGAUAUGAAGAUAUUUAAGAGCCUUUUGGUUUUCGAUGUUUCCUUCAACGAAAUCAACUCUCUUCAUGGCUUGUCCGCUGUCUCCAACACCCUCAAGGAGCUCUAUGUCUCGAAGAAUGAAGUUCCUAAGAUUGAAGAGAUUGAUCACUUCCUUGACUUGCAGAUUCUUGAACUCGGUUCCAACAAGUUGCGGGUGAUGGAGAAUCUGCAGAACUUGACGAAUUUGCAGGAGCUGUGGCUUGGCCGGAAUCGGAUUAAAGUUGUAAACCUAUGUGGUCUCAAAUCCAUCAAGAAGCUUAGUUUGCAAAGCAAUCGCCUCACUUCGAUGGCAGGAUUCGAGGGUUGCGUAACGUUAGAAGAACUAUACCUGAGCCAUAAUGGUAUCACAAAAAUGGAAGGCUUGUCUUCUCUGGUCAACCUUCGGGUUUUAGAUGUAUCAUCAAAUAAGCUAACCUCUGUGGAUGACAUUCAGAACCUCACAAAAUUAGAAGAUUUGUGGCUGAAUGACAAUCAAAUAGAUUCGCUUGAAGGGAUUGCUGGGGCUGUUGCUGGUUCAAAAGAAAAGCUUACCACUCUCUACCUAGAAAAUAACCCAUGUGCUAAGACACCCAACUAUACUGCCAUCCUGAGGGAGAUCUUCCCCAACAUCCAACAAAUUGAUUCUGAAAUAUUCUCUUAGAAGUUUUUUGGCUUUAAGCUUUUUCGGAAAUUGAUUGCAGAUUUUGUUGAUAUCUUUGAUGCCUUUCUGUCAUGCAUGCAGAUCCUGGUUUGAAAGAUUGAUGAUUUGGCUGUGUCCACCUGAAGAGCAUAUGCGUAACAGUCAUUGGACAAGUUUAUGUGGGAUUACUAUUGUUUACUACUUACGAGUAAAAUGAACAUGCUUGUUAUAUGUUUCUUGUUUUGCGGAACACUCUUGUUUUAUCAUGUUUAUGUAGCAGACAAUUUUUUGAGUAACGUUUUCUUUUGCUGUGUUAAUGUUAUAUCGAGCUACCUCACCUUAUAAACAGGAGGAUGUAAUUUAAUGAUCGUCUUUCAGAUUCAUUGAAAAUUAUCCAUAGCAAGUAAAUAUUUGUCUUC